GCAGUUCGGCGGCUGCUGCCAGGAUCGCGAAGGGGAGAUGGAAGCGCUGCCGGGAACGGGAAUGUUCACAGAGGACUAGAAGGCUGCCCAGCGCUCGUGAGCUUUGACUCUGCGCACCUGGAACGAAGAGAGACGGUUCUCUUCUCCCGUCCUCCUGUUUGCAAAGCCGGAGAGCAGCCCAGUGCAGGGCCCUUGUCCUGAGUCAGCAUGGACGAUCCGGAAGACCUGCAGGGACGAGCGACGCGGAUUUCUCCACCGGUCACGUGAUGCCAUCCUGGGCAAGGGUCUUCCUGCUCUGAACACAUGCGCCACGUUUCUUGCCGUUUUCAUGCAUUGAUACCCCGCCUUCCAUCUAAGGAACUCAGAGGCAACAUACUUCAACCUCCCUUCUGUUUUACCCUCACAACAGCCCUGUGAGGUUGACUGCGAAGAUGUGACGUGGAAUGGAACCGCCCUCCUCAGCUGCCCUGUGGCUGCUUUUGUGCCUGGUGACCCUGGCCCUGGCCGAAGAAUCCGCCGUGUCCCUUUGCCAGAUCUCCACAAAGAAGGCCAGCUGCCGAGGGCAGAAUCUGUUCCGGGUCCCCCGAGAUCUCCCCAACAGCCUCGAGCUCCUGGAUCUUUCCUUCAACAAGAUUGAGCAGAUCACUCCAGCUGACUUCUCAGCCUUCACCCAGCUGAGAGGCCUGGAUCUGAGCUACAACAAUAUCUUGUCUGUUGCAAACGAUUCCUUUGUGUCCAACGUCCUUUUGGAGAAGCUCUCGCUUUUCAACAACUCUCUGCGGGAGAUUCCUUCACAGGCACUGAAGCCACUGAAGAACCUGCAGCUGUUGUCCAUCUCUAACAACCUCUAUCCCACCUCAGCAUUAGAUGAGGUCUUCAGCACUUUCAAGAACCUCGAAGACCUCUCUUUGGGGGGCCCUGCCAUCUACACAGUGAAAAGUCAGGACUUCCUUCCUCUGGAAGCGAUUCCACUGAAGAAGUUUGCUCUGAAAACAGCCUCCAGCUUGAUGGAGUAUCAGAAAGGAGCCUUCUCUAAGAUCAACGCGACCAUCUUCUGGUGCGACAUCGCGCUGGACAAAAAUGCAGAGGCCUUGCCACGCAUCUUGCACGACCUGUCCAGGAAGCCGAUGCAGCAGCUCCGCUUCCGUAACCUCUUUGAGUUCAAGUACUACACCAGUUCUGCAGACCUUUUCUCCAGCUUGGCUGAAGUGGAGGUCAAAGAGCUGGUCUUCUACAGGGGGAAAUUCACCGAGAACCUGCUGCGCUUGGUCCUGUUGAAUGUUAGGAAGUCCAGCAUCCGAGACCUCUCCUUCAUCGCCAUCGAUUUUGCACGGUCUCCUCAGUGGAAUCCCCCAGAAGUUGGCAUCACCAACCUGACCCUCUGCCGCCUGCUGCUGAAGGACAUCAGCAAUCCAGAUAUCCUGCGUUUUGACUGGACCUUCACGUGGUUUUCUGGCGUGACAUACCUCUCCAUCCUCAACGUCAACUUCAACUUCGUGCCCUGUGAUGCCUGGGGCGAGAUGAGGAACGUGGUCACGCUCGAUACUUCCAACAACCGCCUGAUAGAUAGCUACAUCUUCAACGAAGGUUGCCUGUACCGGGACAUCAUGGCCAAGCUGGAGCAGUUCAACCUGAGCUAUAAUGCACUAACCUCCCUGCGAACGGUGGCCAGGUUGACCUCAAACUGGCCCCGGCUCUCCCAGCUGGAUCUGAGCCACAACCCGAUCGGGGGCACGAGUGCCGCUCCGUGCCGCUGGAGCCCCAGCCUGGUCUGGCUGGCCCUGGCCAACUCCGCCGCCACGACAGAGGUCUUCCGGUGCCUCCCCACCACGCUGCGCUUCCUGGACCUGUCCCACUCGCAGCUGGAGCGGCUCGACAUGGGCUACUUCGAGGGCGCAGCCGACCUGCAGGAGCUCCACCUGAGCGGCAACAAGAUCAAGUUCAUUCCCACGGAGUGGAGCUGCCCAAGCCUGCGGGUCCUGCAGGUGGACGGUAACUCCUUUGGGGUCAUCGGCCGAGGGUCCUUCGCCCACAUGCCGCGCCUGGUGCAGCUGAAGGCGGGGAACAACCCGUACCACUGCGUCUGCGAGCUCUACAGCUUCCUCCAGGAGGCCCGGCUGAGCGGCAGGCUGGAGCUGCUGGACUGGCCCGGCGGCUGGACCUGCUACCACCCCGAGGCCCUGCUGGACACCCCCGUGGCCGCCUACGCGCCCGGGGUGACCGAGUGCGACGUCACGGUGGCGGUGGCCAUCGCGGCCUCCGUCACCGCCGCGGUGGUGGCCGUCCUCAUGGUCCUGUGCUGGAGGUUCGACGUCCCCUGGUAUCUGCGGGCCACCUUCCAGAUCGUCCGCUCCAAGUACCGGGCCCGCCGCUCCGGGCCGGUGCGGCAGUUCACCUACCACGCCUUCAUCUCCUACAGCUGCGCCGAUGCCCCGUGGGUGCGGCAGGAGCUCCUGCGGAGGCUGGAGGCCUCGACGCCGCCCUACCGGGUGUGCAUCCACGAGCGCGACUUCACGCCGGGCCGGUGGAUCAUCGACAACAUCAUCGAGAACAUCGAGAGCAGCCGCAAGGUCAUCUUCGUCCUCUCGCGGAGCUUCGUCGACAGCGACUGGUGCAAUUACGAGCUCUACUUUGCCCACCAGCGGGGGGUGGGCCUGGGCUUUGAGGACAUGGUGCUGGUGGUGAAGGAGGCCAUCGACCCGCAGGCCCUGCCCAGCAAGUUCUGCAAGCUGCGGAAGAUGCUGAGCUCCAAGACGUUCCUGGAGUGGCCUUCCGAGCCCAGUCGGCAGCCCUUCUUCUGGAUCCAGCUGACGUCUGUUCUGGGGAAGGCCGACACGGUCAACACGGAGCCCAAGAACGAUCCCGGGAGCGCGGGGAGCGUGUUGGACGAGGUGCCCAGCGACCCUCUUGAGAUGAGCAGUCUUGACGAAGAGAACACUGCCGUGAACAUCCCAGGGAGUUAGGCGGGGCAGCGUUACACACUGCAGAGGCUCAAAGCUGUCUGGGCACUUUCCGCCCAGCCCCCCGAGGCAGUUCAGAGACGCUCUGGGGGCCCGCAUCCCAGGGCAGGGUGGGGCGAGGGCUACAGAGGGUCCCGCUCCCCGGACGGCAGCCCCUUUGAGCAUCGAGGCUGCCCCCCAUGUGGACAGAGCCUAGGAAAGGCAUUCCAUCUGCAGCGAGGUGCCUCGUUUGACUCUUGGGCAGUAGAAAAAUGGAAAUGCCCCUGUUGUCAUUUCACCCUUCAAGUAGGGGAAGCGCUGCACAAAAGCCAGGGAACUGCCAAAGGACUGGUGGCUUGGGAGGCAGGGGUGGGGCCAGAGGAAGGAGGUGUGGCCUCCUGGAGGGCCACAUUCGGUCCCCCGAGCCUGAGGUGGCGCCCCCUGCUCUGCGUUGCUCUGGCUGGCAGCAGCUGUCCAGCUUCACAGGCCAAAGGUUUGCUCCCACCACCUCUGCCCUGAGCCCAUUUUAUUGCUGGCAAUGCUGCCAGGGCCAAGGGGGGGCCAGGACUGAGCCAACCCCCCCCCUUUUUUGUUUGGUCUCAGCCCUUUUCCUGCUGGGAAGCAGGUGUUUUGUGGCCGGCCAUUGUGUGAAGACACCACUCCCCCUGGCGGCCAUUUUGUGCAAGUGCCCGUGGCAUUCCCUCGCAGUUCCAAAGAGGCUCCCCGGCGAGAGGGGUGGGCUCCGCGGCUGCAGGGCAUGUGGACUGGCCCCUCCUGCUUGGGUUUCCUGAGCACCUGAGUGGGACAUAGAGACAAUGGAAAUGUUCAGCACGUUGGUGGCCAGCAAAGUAAAAAUCACGCAAACUCAA